UUUAUAUCCUUCCUUUCUUCAUUCCUUCUAAUCUCAUGCUUCAAAAUUUCCCAUUCAAUUUCAUAGAACAAACCAUACUGGUUCCUUGCAAAAAAGCUCAUCAGACUUUUCUUUUCUUUUUAUUUUCUUUUCUAUCAUACUUUCUACCUUUUUUCUUGUUUCAGACUUAUAAUGUGGCAAAAGCAGCCCAAUAAUUCUUCUUAUAGUGAUUCUAUCAAGGCUCUCGAAGCUGAUAUCCAACAUGCUAAUACCCUGUCAUCAGCACUUCCUCGAGAUUAUGGUGGGGACUAUUUUCAGAUGAAAUUAUCUUACAGCCCUUUUGCUCAUCUUUUCUUGCACUUGAUCGAAUGGUUGGAUUUUAGUUGUACAGAUACUUUGCCCACGUAUUUGGGCUUACUCCACAUACUUAUUUUCAAUGUAUAUGUUGAUGGAAUGCCAUCUAUUUCCUCAAAAGAAAGGAAAGCCACAAUAAAGGAAUUCUAUGCUGUAAUAUACCCUUCAUUGAGGUUACUUCAAGGCGAGUUUAAUGUGGCUAAAAACAAUGAUCAAAGAAGUAGCUGUGCAGAUGUUGUGAGCAGAAAGAGGCUUGAAAAGCUUAUUGAUAAAGAUCUAGAGGGAGAAGAGGAAUGUGGCAUAUGCAUGGAAAACAGCAUGAAGAUGGUUCUGCCUAAUUGUGUUCAUACGUUGUGCAUUAGCUGCUUCCAUGAUUGGUACAUGAGGUCAAAAUCAUGCCCAUUUUGCCGUUGCAGCCUCAGGAUGGUCACUCCUAGAGAUUUAUGGGUAGUUAUUGGCAACAAUGAUGUGGUUGACAAGGUUACCAUUGCAAAGGAGAAUUUAAGACGUUUGUACCUUUACAUGGAAACACUACCUCCGAUUAUACCGAAUGCACAUGUAUAUUCAUUCAAUUACAUGCUAUAACUUGAAGAGAAGGGGUGUUAAUUAUAAGAAAAAUUUAGAAACCUUUUGUAUGAAGUGUCUGCUAGUGGAACCGCAAACUGCAUAUAAUUGACAGAAACAAUUUGUACGUGCCCAUUUCUUCAACUGAGUCCAGAAUUGGAGAGG